AUGAUCGUCAACCCGCAAAAUGGAGCCGUGAAGAUCUGGUGGAAUUAUGGAGCAGACGAGUCCUGGGUCAAUGGGUGGAAGUUUGUUGACGGAGGCCAAAUAGCAUCUGGUGUUCCUCAUGCUAACUGGGCCACACUACGAUUCCCGGACAUCAACGGCGACGGUCGCGCGGACUACGUGUACAUUGGAGCUGGCGGGUCGCUCAAGCAUUGGAUGAACACGGGGACUGUAGGAGGUCAAGAUGUUGUCUUCUACUAUCAGGGAGGCAUUGCUACUGGUGGCACAUCUGAUAUUUCGAAUCUUGUGCUCGCUGACGUGGAUGGCGAUGGCCGCGACGACUACCUCAUUUGGGACGCCCAAGCAGGCCUCACAGGCUUUUUGAACCAGCCAACGAGAAGAGAAGGAGUGCCAGUAUACGUCAAUCAAGGACCGGCAAAAACGCUUGCCGAUGGAAUCACGCAGGAUCCGAAGGAUAUCAGACUGGCUGACAUGGAUGGAGACGGCAAAGAUGACUACGCAUACAUUGACGACAACGGAGCCAUUUGGCUGUGGUAUAAUCGGGGUGAUGCCGACACAUCCAUGGCCAUUGAUGGCAUCCGAUUUGCGGACAUUGACGGCGAUGGUAUUGAAGACUACGUUUGGCUUCAUCCAGACACCGGGGCGCCGACCGUUUUCUUGAACAAGGGUCCCAAUGAUGACGAUGCUCUUGGGUGGCUCUGGAAUCCCAUCAACAAUGGGAACCCAAUUGCCUCGGGAGCUGGUCCAGGAAGCACUGUCCAGUUUGGAGACAUUGAUGGUGAUGGAAAAGACGAUUAUUUGGUUCUUGAUCCGAAAACAGGAGAACUCCACGCCUAUUUAAACAAGGGGCCCGAUGACUCCAAGGCAGAGAAGUGGCUUUGGGACCCCAUCGGAUCUAUCGCCACCGGCCUGGGACCCGGCGCGAAUGUUCGCUUUGCUGAUAUCGAUGGCGACGGCUACGACGAUUACAUAUUUCUCAAGUCGAAUGGAGGCACAACCAUUUACAGAAACGUUUGGGAAACCGAUAAGCCACCAUCGAGCUGGACACCCCUGCCAGAGGCCGAUGCUUCAGGCAUUGGGCAGAGACCCGAAGAAAUUGACUUCGUCGAUAUUAAUGGCGAUGGAAAGGCCGACUACGUCUGGACCCGUGCUCGCGAUGGCGCUGCUAGGGUCUGGCUCAACAAUUAUCCCAAUCAGCCGACCUGGCUCGAACAGCCCGAGAUCGCUGGCGGCUUUGGAGUGUCUGGAAAUGAUGUGCGGUACGCCAUCCUUCAAAACACAGGCCGGGCCAGCUACGUCGCCGUCGACCGCACAAAUGGCGCUAUUUCUGCCUGGCUGAACAGCUGUGUCCAGCUCGGCGACCCUCCCCGUCCAAACGUCGUGUUCAUUGGCCUCAGGGAGAUGUUCACUGGGUCGAUUUGGGCUCGCUCUUGGACCAUUUUCGAGUCCACGACAGGCAACACUGUUGAUGUCUGCGACGAUGAGCCUAAGGGUACCUUCACGGCAACCACCACUUUGGCGAAUCCGACAUUCCCCACGGACCUCGGCGAGUUCGAUGUCCAUGGUGCCGAAGGAUGCACGUACUCUGGUUCCCGUGACGAGCCAGCCAGGAUUCUCAGCAUAACGAGGUGUUUCAUUGCGGCUUAA